AAGGGCUAAGGCGUUCUGAAUGCUACUUCCCAUAUGAUUGGUACUGUUGAAUUAUUCCUUUUACGAUGCAGACAAGAGCUGUCGUGGUAAGAAAGGACGAAAAUGGUCAAAGGGUUUAUGAACUACGCGAAUCGUUUGAGUGCCCAACACUAGAUGAAAACAGCGUUGCAGUAAAGGUCAAAGCUUGCGGCUUGUCUCCACACCAUAACAAGAUUUUAGAGGAAUUUAACUUGAUAAGCAAGAAGGAACAGCCAUUUGGAAGAGAAAUAUCAGGAGUUGUUACAAAUGUUGGAUCAGCAGUCACAAGAGUCAGCAUUGGAGAUGAAGUGGCUGGCCUGCUUCCAUUAGAUUCAGCUUCAGCAGGAUGUGCAAACUUUUGCAUCUUAUCACAGUAUGAUGUCGCCCAAAAACCAGAGAAAGUGGAUCACAUAGAUGCAGCAGGUUGCAUUGGUGAUGUUGUUAGAGCUUACACUGCACUAUACUACCAAGCCAGAGUAUGUGGAGGAGAGACAAUACUGAUAUUCAACGGGGCCUCAGCCAGUGGUGUUAUGGCUAUCCAACUUGCCCAUAUUUGGGGGGCCAAGGUUCUUGCAACAGCAUCAUCAGAAGAAGAAGUUAUUUACCUGCAGAGUCUUCAACCACCACUUGCAAAUGUAAUAGACUUGAGGAAAACAAAGAAGUCAUUAGUAGAUAUUUGUAUGGAUGAAACUGGUGGACUUGGUGUGGAUUGUGUGAUUGAUAAUGGAGUUCUUCGUCAAGAUGAUGAUGUUAUAAUUAAGGGAACAGGCAUUGGUCUACCUGGCCAAAAUUCAGUGCCAUCCAAACAUGAUGUGAUCUCCUGUCUUGGAGUGGCUGGAAGAUGGAUCACUUCUCAUCAAGAUCUUCAGUUGGACCCUCCUGAUUCUCAGAUGCUUUACCUCAAAGGAGCUGCAAUCAGUUUUCUCUUUGAACAUUCAUGGACUUUAUCAAAAGUCCAACGUAUCAGAGAGACGUUAUUGCUCGUUUUGACCGAAAUUUGCCCGUUUUCUCUUAACUUGUGUGAAGACAUCCUCCAAGACAUAAUGGAUAAACUGUCUAACUCAGUGAUAAGACCGGUCAUUCACCAUACUGUGUCUCUGGAAGAUGCCUGUGAAACCCUGCAGCAACUACCUCAGCACACUGUUGGCAAAAUUGUUGUUAGCUUGUAAAUAUAACAAUUCGAGUCUAGAAAUAAAGAAUUCUAUUUUACGUGA